UCCCUUUCGCCACAGCAGCGCGUUUCUCGCCGCGCCUUGCAUGCCGUGUGACCAGCAUCACAGAGCCGACAAGCCGUCCUGCGAACCGCCGUCCUCACACCAGCACAGCGAAAAUAAAACCCAAACGAUGACAUACUUACAAAAACGACAGAAGCAAACAUUAAUUUGACAACUUCCGACUCCCCGCACCUUGCCUUCGCCGCUCCUUGCUGUAAGUGCCAAACUUUCCGGCCCCUUCUCCCCCCCCAGCCCAUCGGCCCUCCAGUCCAACAGGACCAUGAUGCUCAGCAGCUCCGUGGAGGUGCCCCGCCCGGGAGGGAUGAGUGGCUUGAGCGGGCUGAGCACGGCUGCCCGGAACGUGGUGCGCUCCUCCAGUAUCUCAGGGGCCAUGUACAGCCUGGAGAAAAGUCCUGGCAGCGGGGGCCCAGACUCUGCAUCACUGACUGGGACUAAGAAGCGGCGCUCCAGUUUGGGUGCCAAGAUGGUGGCCAUCGUGGGGUUGUCACAGUGGAGCAAGAGCACACAGCAGCUCAACCAGCAAGAUGGCGGGACAAAGAAGCUCCGCAGCACCAUCCGGCGAAGCACGGAGACCGGAAUCGCCGUCGAGAUGAGAAACCGAGUGACACGGCAGGGCAGCAAGGACUCAACCGACGGCAGCACUAACUCAAACAGCUCCGAUGGAACGUUUGUCUUCCCUACCACACGCCUGGGCCCUGAGAGCCAGUUCAGUGACUUCCUGGACGGACUAGGCCCCGCUCAGAUUGUAGGCCGGCAAACAUUAGCUACACCCCCAAUGGGGGAUGUAAAUGUAGGCAUGGUAGACAGAGGAGGGCAGCUAGAGGUGGAGGUCAACCAGGCCAGAGGGUUGACCCCCAAACCAGGCUCCAAGAACAUACCAGCAACCUAUGUGAAGGUGUAUCUUCUGGAGAACGGCGUGUGCUUGGCUAAGAAGAAAACCAAAGUAGUGAAGAAGACUCUGGACCCCACCUACCAGCAGGCUUUGUUGUUCGAUGAGAGUCCUCAGGGCAAAGUCCUACAGGUAAUAGUGUGGGGGGAUUAUGGGCGUAUGGACCACAAGUGCUUCAUGGGAAUGGCCCAAAUCCUCCUGGAGGACUUGGACCUGUCUGCCACAGUCAGCGGCUGGUAUAAGCUGUUCCCUACCUCCUCCCUGGCAGACCCCAGCAUCGGACCCCUCACCCGACGCCUCUCUCAGUCCUCCCUGGAGAGCGCCACCAGCCCUUCAUGCACCUAGACACCCAGAAUACAUACACACACACACGCGCGCGCAAGGCAGAGUCACGCACACACAGGCGCACGUACUGUAUAUACACGACGACUAUGUAAGUGCAAAGCCAGGUAGGCAUACAUACACAAAGCGAUGCAUCCGUGCAGGAAGACACACUUGACAUACACACAAAUACCUGAUCCCAGCCACACUGACACACAUGCACUCUCAACAUGCUGCCAUAGUCUUUACUGGAAUAUCCUCUCGACUGUCCGUUCACACUCUCACCCACCGCUCAGUGUUUACUGGCAAAACGAUUAGCAGAUCCAAAACAGGAGAAGGCGUAAUUUACCUGAACAUGUAGCAUUUUUCCACCCACCUGUUUCCAACAUCUCAUACCACGAAAACCAGGAUUCACCGGGUGUUCUGCAGUCCAAGAUUUUCCGUGGCACAGCUCAUCCCGGGGCACAUCCUGAUGCCAGUUUCUAAACUCUCUAUGCCAAACUAAGAAAAAAAAACUUUAUUUUUUAAACCAAAGCAAUUGUUAUUGUUGUUAAUAUUACUAUUAUAAGUAGUAGGUGAACUAGUAUACAAUAUAAAAUAUGGAUAUGUAGCAGAGUCAAUGACUUAGAUGUAAUCCAAAAAAAAUAAAAAAUAAAAAAAUGACGAUACGCACGCGCACGCACACAAGCUGGGCACGGGAGGCCAAACACAUACACAUACCUGGAUAACAGGCUCGGAUAUUCACAUAAUGGCUAUUAUGUGAGGUAGCAACACUGCUAUUCUAUAAUUUUCACAGGGCAGAGUUUAUAUAUAGAUAUAUAUAUAUAUAUCAAAAUAGAUAUAUAGUUAAAAACUUACUUGUGUUUAUAUAUAUGUGUCGGCUGCAUUCUGCAUGUUUGCUUGCGAGACAUUUUAAAGUGCUUAAACCUUUUUCAUUUAGCUUGCUUUGACCAAUGUGACAGCAGUGUAGUGCUGCUUUAUUUUGUGCCGAGAAGGGAGCACACCGCACUGAGUUGGGGAGAAGGAUAGGGCUGUGGUGAUGGCGGAGCGAAGGGGUUGGCUGUCAUCGCUAUCUGCAGAAGACGAGAACAAAAUAAGCCAGCCAGCGGACAAACACAUUUAUGAUCCCUGCCUUCACCUUAGGCGUUCGGAGAAAUGUGACCGCUUUGUAGCCCGUCCUCGCGUAUUCUGGGGAAAGGGCCUCUACCAGCACCUGGACUUGUUCCAGCUUCCAGUUGAGUUCCCCAUUUUUUUUCCCGUCCUACUUGAUGAGGGAUGUGGGGAGAUGGCCGGCGUGCCUCUGCACCUCUCCUUUUCCGAUCAAAUGUAGCCGGUGUUGUGCCAAAAAAUAAACUGUUGUAAAUGGCCUAUAAUCUGUGAAACAUAUGUCAAACCUGUUUCUCAUGAAUGAUAUCAAGUCCUUUUGAGCCACAAACAACAUUCCUGUCACAAGAUACAUUCAGUUUUUGGCAAAGUGACUCUUAUAAAUCCUUUAUUCAUCUAGCUAAGAAGUGUCAUUUACAUUAUAAAUGUCUUAUUGUAAUAGAAAUCCAGCCAAGAGGGCAACAGAAAUUGCAACAAAUAUAGCAUAAAUGUUUUAGAAAAGCCAGAAGAGACUGGAUUGAUUAUAAUGUAGGUGCAAAUAAUACACAAUCAUGAUAAGAAGCUUUCAAAACAGGUAGUUUCUUCAUUUUGUAUAUAAGCCCUUCAGAAAUCCAAUAGACUCUGUAGUCUGUUUACCAAUAUAAGCAAAGAGAUUAUACAUAAAAAACACACAGGACCAUCGGGAAUGACUUUUUGGGACAACACCGGAAACAUUAACAUGCGCACAGCUUGUGAAACCUUUAACCCUCCUAACUUUCCCUUUGACGCUAACGAAACCUCUUUUAAAUGUGUCAGUGUGAAUUGAAUUUCUUUGCGAUAGCCGACUAUUAUGUCAGCACUACAUUUACUAGCGUACCUGCCAUAUGGUGGUUUUACUUGUUUCAGGUGCAAACGUGGCAGUGACACAUUUCCAGCACUCUCGUUUUAUAUUUCCCGUCAGGCGGCGUGUUUGCGUUUUCUUUAAAUAGCACUUUACUGUAAAAUAUUCACGCGGAGCACGCAGCGGUUGACUGCUUCUUCUUUUUAUUUUCGUUUGCAUUUUUAUUUGGUCACACUGCGCUGCGCAAUUGUUUUGAAUUGCAGCAUGGAAAUGUAAGUGGAGUGCACUAGAACAGCUGAUCCAGGUGACUUCUGCUGCCGGAUUUAGACUUCUUGAAGGCUUUUAACCUUGUUCAGCCACCUUUUCCCAUUUACAUUUCCUCUGAGUCCGCUUUGCACUAACUAUAAGGGUGUAUGCAGAAAAAAUCAACAAAACAGUUAAAGGUGUGAUGAUAAUGGAGUCUUCACUGGCAGCAGAGGGACUAGCAUCCAAAUUAAGCUACUGCUUUCUUACUGGUUUAUUUAAGGUGCAGAUGUCUGGGGGGGGAGGGUUUAUUUUAUUUUUUUCUGAACAACAUCAAUCCUUGUAUAUAUUUCUCAUACAUGAACACGGGCAAAGGCGCUAACAGAGAUCAUAUUUUGAAGAGGUGCAAAGACACAGUCUCGAGUUCCUCUCUUAAAAGCUUCUGCGUGUUUAUGAGCUCUGAAUUUGCUUUCAUCACCACCUCAUUUAUUCCUCUCUCCUCAUCUUUCUGCAAAAAAAAGGGAAAAUGCGAGGUUGUUUUAAUCUCGCAGCACCUCAGAACAACACAAUUCACAUUUCAAUGCUUUUUGAACUUUGGAUAAACUAAAGGGAUAUCUGGCAUUCUUGAAUUUUUGGGAGGAUGAUUUAUGAUAUUUAUUUUUAAUCCUCCUAUCAUAUGUAUACAAAAUGUUUUCUUUGUUAAAGAGGUGUUGUCAUUUGUUUUAUGGUUCGGAGCUAUUCCUUUGCUGGAUCUGUACUUGUAUGGUCCCGCCUAGGAAGUAAUUUCAUGUAUUGAUUUGUUUUCUUGGGACAGCUGGCAUGUUAUACAAAUAUGGAAAAAAAGGAAUAAGAAUCCUCAAAAAACAAGAUAAUGAAAUUUAUAGAUCUGUGUAACUUCCCUGCUGAUUGUUCCACUCCUUGGUAAACUAUCAAAAGACUGUUGAAAAUGUGUUUUGGAGCUUUUAUGAGACUGCGUGUGUAUGUGUGUCCCUUUGCUAUAUAUCAAUCAUCCUCAAAGCAUUACCCAUUCUAAUGAUUGAAUAGAUGCAAAGAAAUGUAUUAUAUAUCUUAUAAGAAAGGCAGGAUUAGCCAAAACUUGCCCAAAUCCUUUGAUUCUUGCAACCUAGAGGAUAAGUUUUAAAUAUUGCCUUUGUUUAAAGUGCAGUGCGGGUGUAUGUCUUUUAGAGAGAUGCAUUUAGUGUGUUAGUGUGAUGCAUAAUGAGCGACAGGGCAGCAAGGUGUGAGUGGAUCAGAGUUUUCAGAUAUGAACGCCAACAUUAACUUUGAACUUUCUCUUUACCUUACAUUUAAAGAAAAAAAAAAUUAUAUAUAAACUGUAGUGUCACCUGAUCAUUGUGCAUCGUCUCACACAAGGUCAUUUGAUUUAUUUGGACACACAAUUAACAAAAAAAGGGGGUCGAAGCCUCAGUAGCAGCAGGGAUGACGGGACGGAGAUCAAACAGGUUGCCAGUCUUCGUGCUUUUGUGGAGCUGAGUGACGCGUAGACUGUUUUCGUUUUCUUUUUGUCAACGUGAAGGUGUCCAGAUGCAUGAAGUCGACACGGCUCAGGUGACAUUUGAAUGGAGAGGCUGCCAAUGCUCAGAAUGUAAAACCCCACAAACUUGCUAUAAAAAAAGCAUCUUUUUAACCCAAAAAAUGUAUUGUGUGUAACGCAUCUUAAUAACACAUACCUGAGUCAUAGUUUGUGCACUAUAUCGAAAUAUAGUAUUAUAUGUAUUUUAUUUUUCUAAGGACAGAGGUAUUAUUCAGAGAAGGAGGACAGCGUGGGCAAAACCCGCCUUUUAGCUUUUUUUGCAAAAAAACGAGGGCUUGUUCAGUUUACAAUGGCCUUACUUUGCGUAGGAGACGUUGCUUCACUCUUGUAGCACACAGCUGAAAGUUUUGAACAAAUGUAUUUUGCUUGAGAUAUUGUACCGAAGUUCUCUAUGUGUAUAUGUAUAGUUUUAUGAAUGUAUUUCUAAACCCUAACACCGAGGAGGAGUGUAACUCUUUUUCGUCAUCUUGUUUGCUAUACUGUCUCUUCUGGAGACUUUCCGGGGACCCCGCCUGCACCCAAUCAGGCGGCCCCUACUUUUACUGUACUGUAAUACUGUAUGUCUUAUGAUUUGUGUUUUAAAGGAACAGCUCUGUGUUUGUAAACAAGCAUGAAUUCCGUCUGGCGAGAUGCGGUUAUUUUAUUUAUUUCAAUCGCCAAGAUGGGUUUUGAGCAGAAGGGUUUGCCCUCCCCCCGCCCCCAACCCUUUGUCUAUCAAGCUGAUGGAAUUAUUAUAUUUGUAUUUUGAUCUAGGAAAUAUUUGCCGCAUGGUUACUCUGAUCUUUGCAUUUCUGACCUUGUAUUUAACCUUUAAUGAUGGUUUGAUCACGAUGAGACCAACAAGCGACAGCGGUGGGGGCGAUCAGACCCAGAACAGCAUCCAGAGAGAUGCAAAAGAACUUUUAUGAUUAAAAACACUGUUAUCUUGCAGUAGCAUGAGCCAAGCCUUACAUUUUAUGAUGUUUUUCUUCUGGCAAUAAACAUUGGCUGUAGCAUUUGCUGUCGUGGGCGCCUUCGCCCACGGCUUCACUCUCUCUCUCUCUCUCUCUCUCUCGUGACCCCAGAGCUGAGCAUGUGGCGCCAGAAAGUGAUUUCCGGUAUUCGCCCAAAAAGUGAUUAGCCUAAUUUGUGUGAAAAAUAUAUCGGACUUAUUUCUCAUGAAUGAUAUCAAGUCAUUUUGAGCCAGAAAGAAGUUCCCCUUCACAAGGUAGAAGCUUGAAUCAGGUUUUUUGGCAAAGUGACUGUUAUAUUUCCUUUAUAUAUUCGGGUAAAAAGUCUCAUUGACAUUAAAAAUGUAUUUUUCAAGAGAUCUGGCCGAGAGGGCGUCAAAUAUAACAUCACAGUUCUUGAAACACACUAUAAGGGACCAAAAGGCAAUGAAAAAACAGUUAUUUCUUUAUUCAUAUUUGACCCCUUCAUACAUCUACAGUCUAUUUACCGAUAUGAGUAAAGAUAUUAGACAUCAAAGAAACUCAUGGAAACAUCAGAUAUCACUUUCUGGAUUUUGGCACAACACUGGUAUCAGCUGAGCUACCAUAAAUAAGAUAAAAGUGUAACCACAAAUUUAAGCGCUGGGAUAAAUUUAACAAAGCAUGCAGUGCAUUGUGAUUUACUGCUGUAUGACAGUAGAGCUCGUGAUCAACAAGUUUAAUUUUCUCUUCGACGUUGCAUUCCAGACGCAUGCAUUCCAGGUGUUUGAUUUGCCAGCGUUACAGCUGUCCAUGAGAACAAACACAGACAUUGCCGUUGACCUGACGGCCUCAGUUCGUUUGUCUUCAUCCACGUCUAUGUCAGCGAUCACAGCACAAGUUUUGCUUUGUAACCUUUCUGUCCUUUUUCGCCGUCUGUCAGAUUGUAUUAGGGCCAUAGUAGCUCCCCUCCCUGCUAUCAAGGCAAACCUUAUCUUAUCAAGCCUAGGAAAGCACAGAACACAACCCAAACUAAUGGUUUAACUAAUAUUUAAAUGGACCACAAUCACAUUCCCAAAGCACAUGUAGUAGACUCGAUGCCUCUUUUUCCCUGCAAAUUACGGAUUCAUCAUCCCAGUUCAAUUGGAAUAGCUGUUUUGGUAAAUGAGGGUUUGUCUUUUCUGAACAGGCCUUAAACGUUCCACCAAGAAGCAAAACAAAGGAUAGCGUAGCUGCCUGGCUGAUGAAAGGAUGUGGUUUAUGGCAAAGAUGAAGGAAAAAACAAAACAAAACAAAGGGAGCUGUAAUUUUAUACCUGUGCUUUGUAAAUGUUUUCUAUGUGCAGUAUUUGAUAAUGUAAAACUGGUAUUUUUGUGGUUUGUACGCUGCAAAAUUGAUUACUUAAGGUGCACGUAGUUUUGUAAGAAAAUAGAACCAAACUGAGGAGAAAAGGAAAAAAAACAAUGGGAUUCAGAAGCCUGUAUUUGCAUGCCCUUUGACAUCUGGACGCAAAGUCAAUAAAGUUUAUUUGAAUCACA